UUCUGCCGUCUUUCAUUUCUCUUAUGACUUUUAAGACACGUCCGUAUGAUGCUGUGGUUGGCUGAGAGUCAGACACGUGACCCGGAAGCGAAAGGAACUCUAAACGGGAUUUUUUAACGCUUCACGUAAACAAACAAACAAAAGUUUAUGAUGUGCUCAUUUCAUCUCGAUAAGGAGGAUCAGUGUGUUGUCAUACUGUCAGAGUCGCGAGUUGAUUGUGUUAGAUCAGCAGACGGUCGCAGGAUUCUCAAGCAUGAGUAUUGAGCAGGUAUCGCUGCUGCUGCAGGAGUGUGUGCGGUGUGCACAGAGUGAUAAAACUGAACCCACGGAGCUGCUGCUGCUCCACCGUGGGCAGUUUCCGGAUGAUCUGAACGCACUCCUGCAGGACGCGGCUGACAGAAAGUGGCCGUUUGUGGAGGAGAAAUGGCAGUACAAGCAGUCGGUGUCGUCUGAAGACAAGAUCAACUCAUCAGAGCUCAUCAGGGCUCAUCUGCAGGACUUACUGCUCUUCCUCAGAGACUGUAUCGCGGCCGAUGAUCCCGGUUUGGCCGCCGCUGUGCUGUUUCUGCUGGACCGUCUGCUGUACUGGAUGGAUGGCUCAGAGGGCCUGCUUAAGGUUGCUAAAGCGUUGCACAAACGUUAUCCAGACGUUCCCAUUGCUCCUCAGGUCAUCAUCCGGCAGGCUCGGGUUUACCUGAACACCGGUAAACUGAGGAAGGCAGAGUUCAUUCUCAGCAGUCUGAUCAAAAAUAAUGCGUCCACAGGCUGCUGGUCGUAUCAGAAGGCCAGUGAUCAGACUCUGGUGCAGGCCGUCUGCCUGCAGGUGCGUGGACAGGUGCUGCAGACGCUGGGUUUGUGGCUGGAAUCUGCAGAGCUCUUAUGGGCGUCUGUCAUCGGCUUUUACACUCUUCCACAGCCUGAUAAAAAGGGCAUUGGAACGUCUCUCGGGCUUCUGGCUAACAUACUGACCUCCAUGAAUGAGCGAGACUUCACGGCGCUCCAGAAUAAACCACAUAUUAAACUGAGUUUUCUCGGAGAGACUCGCCAUCGUCUGCUUUCUGCGGCACAGGCGGCCAAAAUGGCGGUUGUCUUAAGUCAAUAUGGAUCUCUGUAUGUUCUGACCAAUGUGGUGGCACGGGGGAUUUGUUUACUGUCUUACAGUUUCUCUAGAAAAUGUCCAACUAGCGAUCAGCAUAAGUAUAUGGCUUUGGCUAAAGAGGCCUUUGAGAUCGGUUUGUUGACCAAGACUGCAGCAGACGCGGUCACCAGUAAACUGGAGCUGCACACGUUCCUCAAAGCUGCAUACAGUUUAACUGCAACUCACCGAUGGAUGAGCGGACCAUCAGACAACGUCAUCACUGCAACGGGCGUCUGUAGACAGGCUUUGACUUUAUUUGUCCACUACUGCAAUACAAGCGAUUCCUCUUUGUGUGCUGUGAUAAUGGAGAAAAUACAACAGAUUAAGACGUUGUUGAACGUGAACCCUUUUCAUAAUUCAGAUCCACACUCCUUUAUUCCAGACAGCUACCGUUCCAUGCAGAUCAAGCCUGUUUUGUUUACACCAGAUGAUUUUGAGAAGACGUUGGACGUUUUUGAAAAGCACCACAAGACUGUUUGCGAGGCAUUAACAAAUGAUACUCGAGUUACAUCCUCGACUCAUGCACAGUGUAUAACUGCAUUUCAGACAAACACAGAGGUUCUGACUACAGAGGUUUCCACAUGCCGUCAUUCUCAUGCAGAUUCCAUCAAGCAGACUCGAUCUAAUAGCAAAAAGGUUGGUCAAAACUCUCACAACACAUGCAGUUCUGGCUCUUAUGAGCCUCUUGAUGACUGUAGUGAUGGAGGUCGAGCAGCAAACAUUGUCGAUCCAAGGAAUCAAAGUAAUACUUCCAAUGCCUUUAGAUACAACAAAGGUAACCAAAGUCAGCCCCAACCCAUGCACUCGGAAGCCGGAACAUCAGAAAGCCGAAGAAGAAACUAUUGGAAGUAUCAGGGAGCAAGAACAUCUUCAAGUUCUUACAGCAAUUCCUCUUCAUGGGAAAUUGUAUCAGGACGAUCUCAAAGCAGCAUAGAAACUGAGGAGGAUGCAGGUGAUCCUUUACAUAACAUCAAUAGGGAUACACAAUUUGAUGAACCCAACAGUGUUAGACCCAACAAGGGGAUCCAAAAUCAAUCCCAACCAAUGCAAGAGCCAGCCACAGCUGAAGACAUUGAAGAUGAGACCCAGAAUACGUCAAGAACCCAACGAAUAGAUGUUCCAAAGAAACUGGAAGUAAGAACACUUUCCAGUUCCUUUGGGAGCCGCACUUCAUGGGAGCAUCUAUCAGGACAAUCUCAAAGCAGCAUAGAAACAGAGGACGACAUUGUAGAUCCCUCACUAAAUGCCAACAAAGUUGAUGCCGAUGCAGAGAGUGGUGUUUCUAACAUCCUUAGACACAACAAAGGGAUUCAAAGUCAAUUCCAGCCAAUUAAUGAACCUGCCACAACUGAAGAUGUUGAAGACGAGACACCAAAUACAUCUUCUACUCAACCGAGAGGUGGCUACAUUAGACACAACAAACGGAUCCAAAGACAGUCCCAAACAAUGAAAGAGCCCAUCCUAACAGAAGAAGUAGAAGAUGAACCAUCGAAUACAUCAUCCACCCAUCAGAAUGAUACCAAGAACCUGGGAGCAAGAGUGUCUUUAAGUUCUUGCAGCAGUAGCUCUUCAUGGAAUUGUGUAUUGGGACAAUCUCAAAGUAGCAUAGAAACUGAGGAGGACGCAAUAGAUCCAUCACAGAACAUCAACAAAAUCAAUCCCAGUGCAGAGGGUGGUGGCUCCAACAGCCUUAGACACAACAAAGGCAUCCAAAGUCAAUCUCAACCAAUGAAAGGGCCAAUAUUAACUGAAGAUGAACAACCACAUACAUCAGAUAAUGCGGAUUCUUCACAAAAUGUCAGCAAAAUCAAUGCUAAAUCGAUUGGUGACUCCAAUGCCAUUAGACUCAACAAAGGGAUCCAAAGUCUGCCUAUAGCUGAUGAUAUGUCAAGAACCCAAUGUAUAGAUGUUCGCAAGAAACGGGAACCAAGAUCAUUUUCCAGUUCUGUCGGGAGCCGCUCGUCAUGGGAGCAUCUUUCAGGACAAUCCCAAAGCAGCAUAGAAACAGAGGACGACAUCGCAGAUCCCUCAGAAAAUGUCAACAUAACCAACCCCAGUGCAAAAACUGGUGACUCCAACACUGUUAGACACAACAAAGCAGCCCAAAGUCCAUCCCAGCCAAUGAAUGAACCCAUCUUUACUGAGGAUAUUGAGGAUGAACUACCAAAUACAUCAGACCCUACAUUAAACAUCAACAAAAUCAAUCCCAGUGGAAAGAUUGGUGAUUCCAACACGAUUAGACACAACAAAAGGAUCCGAAUUCAAUCCCAACCAAUGAAAGAGCACAUUUUAACAGAGGAUGUUGAAGAUGAGACACCAAAUACAUCAACUGCACAACAGAAAGACAUUAGGAAUAACCUGGGACCAAGAACAUCUUCAAGUUCCUUCAGCAGUCACUUUUCUUGGGAAUGUGUAAAGGGACAGUCUCAAAGUAGCAUAGAAACUGAGGACGAUGCUAUAGGAAUCAAUCCUAACCACAGUGAGAUGAAUAAUGAUGCAAAUCUUGGUAGAAGCCCUUCGUUUUCCCUGUGCAACAGCUCUGAAUUGCAAGCAUCUUUUCAAAAACUGCCCAAAAGCCCCAUUGCUGAUGCUGAAUGUCUAGAGUUGAUGCGUAAAAAGGAAAGAAGGGAGGAGAGUGAUAAAGCAUUUCCACUUAAGGUCUCGGACAAUAUUCGUAAAUCUCAGAAUACCACAAGUGACUCAUUUGAGGAGCUGGGAUUUGAAGAUCUGUCUUUACUCAACAACCAUCAGAAAACGAGGAGCUCCAUCAAACCUUCCUCUACCGGAGGGGAUGCACCGCCAUGCACCAGCUGUUUUGAGAACUGCAUCAUGGGAAGUGAAGUUCUGACCGAGCUGGACUACAGAUCUCUGUUGGCUGGAGUUUGCCACCGAUGCCUUGUAGAGCGGCUGCCAAAUAAACCGCUGAAGCCCCUGGAGAAAGGACAGCAGCAGAAGGCCUACGACGCUGUUGUCCUGAAGUACUCGAAGGCCUCAGACGAGUGGAUGGGCUGCGAGACCAGUGUUUAUAUUGGGGAGCCGAUGGGAGCCCAGGGCCAGCAGAGGAGAGCCAUACAACUGCAAUACCUGCACCAGGAGCAGCUGCUCAGCAGCUAUGUAGGGAAGGAGUAUCUGAAGGAGAAAGGGCUCCAUGCUCAUCUUGAUGACGUGGAGAGACAGAUGACGGCUCAAUACUAUGUAAAUGAGUUCAAUAAAUGCCUGUAUGAUAAUAACGUCACCACCCAGAUCUUCUUCAUCCCCUCCGAAGUGCUGCUGGUUAUGGAGAAUAAACGUAUCGUGACGUGUUUAUCCGCGGAGCCGUACAUGUCUGGGACAUUUGUCAAGCUCACCAACAACACUAAUAAAACACAAAUGAAGUAUGAUGCAACGAAGUAUGGCAUUGCGUUUGGUCACUUCACCUAUGAGUUCUCCAAUCAUCAGGAGGUGGUGGUGGAUCUACAAGGGUGGAUCACGGCCAACGGCAAGGGCUUGACGUACCUGACGGACCCACAGAUUCACUCGCUGAUCCGCCUGAAGUCCAGCCGCUCUCAGCAGACGGGCAUCAAUAACUUCAUCAGACACCAGCAUGGAGAACAGUGUAAUGAAAUCUGCAGAGCUGCUGGGCUCACACACAUUACAGCUGCAGGACAGAAUUCAGCAUUGUAGCUGUAAAGCUGUAGCAGUGUUUCCAUCCACCUAUUACUAUGCACAUUUUGAUUUUUGCAUUAAAUAAUGCUCAAUGGAAAUGCAGAGAUGUGCAUCAGUUUUGAAAAUGCACAUAUAAGAAUGUAUGCACAUGACUGAGUAGGAUAAACUACUUUAAUCGCUGUGGUUUCUGCUGGUCAGAUGAUUUGACGGAUAUAAAUGUGUGUGUAUGAGGGUGUUUGCAUCAUUAAUGUUGGUCUGCAGCUCUCCAUGUUUGCAGCUCUCCAAUGUUGCAGAUGUGAAUUGUUGUUGUGCUGACUGUAAAAGGCCUCAGUCUUCCAUCAGUCCGUCAUCACAGUGCUUCAGUAUUAUUCUUCUUUAAUUAUUAUUCACUCCAGAACUGUCUUGAGCAUCAGUCUGCGCUCCCGUCUCACACUUCCAGAAGCCACCGCAUGCACCGCGUUCAUUGCGUUCAGUCUUGCGCCCCAUUCACACGGGGCGUCAGCGUCAGCGCUUCCCAUUUAUUUUGAAUAGGUGACGUCAGGCGUUGCCGAUAUGCAUUGUGGAUCCGUCGGAGCCGCUUCAGAGGCGUUGCUCGCUGCAAAAGUUGGGACCAGCUCAACUUUUCAAACGCCGAUGGAAGUGUCAGCAAAUCAGAUCACUGUAUGCAAAUGCACCAGCUAGACAGUGGCCUUUUGCUGACUGAAUUUCAUUGGCUGACGCUGCUAUGACGAUCGCUUCAGCCCUAACUUCAGACACGCCUUCAGUCAAGCCUUGACACUGAACACUAUAAAUCUAAUUCACAUAUUAAAAUGGAAACACAGCUAGUGUCUAAACAGACCCUGAUUAUUACAGUGCUCAGCAUAAAUGAGCACACGCGCUUUUAAUAAAUGAAUAUUUUUAUCCGUCUCUCAGUGAAGAUAGAGGAUGUAUUUUGGUAUUCAAACAAAUCAGUUUUAUUAAGCAGUUAUAUCCAUUAAAAUAAGAGUUUGCUCUUAAGAUAAAACAAAUAUAAAGAGAUUACAUUUUAACUCAAACUGGUUUUUGACAGGUUAUUUUUUUAAUUACAUUUUUUAUUUUUAUUUGUUUAGAUAUUUUUUUAAUAUUAUUUUUAUUAAUAUUUUUAUUGAAACUGUAUUUAAUAUUUUACCCAACAUAUUAAUUUGUGUGUAGUAAUGUUUGUUCUGUGAUCUUCAGUGUUUUGUCUUUGGUUCUGACUAAUCUAAUGUAUCUGCACACACACAUUACUGUAAAGCAUCCUGAAGAAGAUAUUGCUGUAAAAGAGAGAUCUGUGAGGGGUAACUCAUGAUCAACGCUCUAUAAUAAUAAUACUGUACAAUGACAAAGUGCAAUUAUGGAAGCGGAUCAGUAGUUUAGAGAUUGUAUAUGCAAGAUGUCAGUGCAACAUGUCAAAUGGCAGUGUAUAAUUUCUUGACAUAAAGUUGAACUCUUAAUGAUUCAC